AUGGCAGCCCUGCACACUUCACGGGAGGCCCUGUUGGCAGCAUACCCGUUGCAUGCAUCGAGGAAGAUCAGCUGGUCCUCAUGGAACCUGCUGAGGCUGAGAACACAGGGAACGCGGGUGAAUGCAGAGCCGCACAUGGGCAGUGCUUACACCACCAUGGCAGCAGAUGCCAUUACCAGGUUUCAGAGGCUGAGGGGCAAGCGCGUCAGCUUUGUCACCGGGACGGAUGAACAUGGAGAGAAGAUUGCAGAGGCAGCGGCAAAGAAGGGGCAAGAGCCCCAGCAGCAUUGCGAUGGAGUCGUGGCAUCUUUCAAGGGCCUGUGGGAGGAGAUGGACAUCCAGUAUGACAGCUUCAUUCGCACUACAGACCCAAAGCAUGCGACGGUCGUCCGAGCCAUUCUGGACAGGGUGUGGGAGAAGGGGGACAUCUACAAGGCCAAAUACGAGGGCUGGUACUGCGUGGGCUGCGAGGCAUACAAGGACGACAGUGAGAUGGAGGGCGAUCAUGCAUGCCCUUUUCACAAGACCCGCUGCGUGGAGCGGGAAGAGGAGAACUAUUUCUUCGCGCUGUCCAAGUACCAGCAGCAGAUCCAGCGGGUGAUAGAGGAGGACAAGUCGUUUGUGCAGCCGGCAGCGCGGCGCAACGAGGUGCUGGGCUGGGUGGAGGCUGGCCUCAGGGAUUUCUCCAUCAGCCGCGCCGCGGUCUCCUGGGGCAUCCCCAUCCCCCGAGACCCCGCACAGACUGUCUACGUUUGGUUCGACGCCCUCCUCGGCUACAUGUCUGCGCUGCUGCCGGAGGGAGCGUCGCCGGACGAGGCUGAGCUGGCAGCGCGCGGCUGGCCGGCGGACGUGCACCUGGUGGGCAAGGACAUUCUGCGCUUCCACGCCCUCUACUGGCCCGGCAUGCUCCUCUCCGCCGGCCUGCCGCUGCCCCGCAAGAUCUUCGCACACGGCUUCCUAACCAAGGACGGCAUGAAGAUGGGCAAGUCCCUGGGCAACAUCUUGGAGCCUCGCAAGCUGCUGGCUGCCUACGGCUCCGACGCAGUCCGCUUCUACUUCCUCAAGGAGGUCGUCUUUGGCCAGGACGGCGAUUUCAGCGAGCAGCGCUUCCGGGACACAGUGAACGCGUUCCUGGCCAACAGCGUGGGCAACCUGCUCAACCGCACGCUGGGCCUGCUGCGCAAAAACUGCGCCGGGUCGCUGCCACUCGCCGCCGCCGCCGUGCCGGCCGACAACCCGCUUCGCGCCGUCGCCGAGCUCGAGGUGGCGGCUGCGGCAUUGGCUUACGAGGAGCUGCGGCUGCAUGAUGCGCUGGAGGCUGUGGUGGCCAUUGCCGGCCGGGGCAACCUCUACAUGGAGCAAAUGGCGCCAUGGACCGCGUUCAAAAAGGGCACGGAUGAGGAGAAGCGUGCGGCUGAGCUGGCGCUUGUGGCGGUCUUGGAGGCAGUACGGAUCGUGGCGGUGCUGCUGUCGCCCGUGACGCCGCGGUUGAGCAGCGAGAUCUACGGCGCGCUGGGUUACGGGCCGGAGGCAUAUGAGGGGCUGUCCUGGGGCGACGCCUCCUGGGGCGGCCUGCCGAAGGGGCAGGCCACGCCACCGCCCAAGCCGGUGUUUGCCAGGCUGGAGGGGGAUUUUGUCACCGAGGUUGCCGCCAGCAAGAGCGCGGCUGUCGCUGCCUGA